GUGGACAAGAAACGUGAUAAAUUGGAAAGAAAAGUCCUGGACAGCCAGGAGAGGGCAUUCUGGGACGUCCACAGACCUAUGCCUGGCUGCGUGAACACGACGGAGCUGGACCCGCGCAAGUUGUCACGCAUCAACGCACUCAAAGCCAAACGUCUGCGCCAGUGUCAGCAGAUCAUCCUGCAGCACAACCUGAAGAACAACCCCAUUGUGACCAUCACGAAUCCACAGGAGAGUGAAGAAGAAAUACAGAAGCAGAUCUCGGAGAACACGGUCAAGGAGAACGGCGAGCCUUCGCAAGCAGAAAUAUCAGUAACAUGCACCCCGGAGACGAAGGACGUCCAGCCCAGCCUCGAGCAGCAGAUCGAGGCGGCCCGGAGGCAGCUGGGGAUGCUGCGCGCCAGGCUCGAGAGGCGUAACAUCCGCGUCAGCAAGGUGGCCGAGAUGUUCAUCGCCUACUGCGAGCAGUACGCCGAGUACGACGCCUUCCUGACGCCUCCGGAGUGGCCCAACCCCUGGGUCAGCGACACCACGGAGCUGUGGGAGCAGGAGAAGCUCUGCAAGGAUCCGCUGCCGCUGCGGCGCGUGCGGCGCUGGUCGUUCGGGCUGCGCGAGCUGCUGCAGGACCCCGCGGGAAGGGACCACUUCGCCAAGUUUCUCAACAAGGAAUUCAGCGGGGAGAACCUCAAAUUCUGGUUAGCCGUGCAAGAGCUAAAACAACUUCCCAUCAAACGAGUGGCGUCGCGUGCUAAGGAAAUAUGGAAGGAGUUCCUCGCGUCUGACGCGGCAAUGCCUGUUAACAUUGAUGCUGCUAGCAGAGAAUUAACUCGCACAAAAGUGGAAUCGGGUACACCCGAUAGAUAUUGCUUCGAUCAAGCGCAG